AUGCACAUCAAGAAGGCUAUAGCAUGGGAAACUGAGAUAUUUAUUCCAUUGCACUACUGGAAAGAGACUCUAUCUUGUUUAAUAUGGUUUGGCAGGUUCCUUGUCGGCGUCCGCAGCAACGCUCAUAUGGGGAAUCUGAAGAAUAAGCGCGCAUUCGAACGUCUCUUGCCAAAACGCGCAGCUGUUCACUCACUCGCUGCAAAGCAGGAAAUGGAUGCAUUCACGAUUCUCUUCCUCUCAUCCUACCUGGCCACAAUCUCCGGUCUCCUGAUCGAAUACCCGAUGUCCAUCGAGAAAGCGCCUUUCAUGGCCACCGUAGGAAAUUGCAGCGGGGCUAUAGUGUCACGCAACUUAGUUCUUGUUUCGGGAAAGUGUUUGUGCUUGCGCAAUCGACCCACCGUCAUUUUUGCGGGCACCAGCUGGAGCAACGUCAACUACCUUCCCAAGAAGGAACAUCGGAUCAGGAGGUUCAUUUUUGAGCGCGAAUACGGUUACUGCUCGCAGAGCAGAAGAUCAGACUUCGUGUUGGUGGAGUUGGAGGACAGCCUAGUCUACAGCCACCGCGUGCAGCCCAUCCAACUCUACUGCGCCACCCAUCUGCCCAGUCAGCUGGCAGCGCUGGGAUUCCACUUUCCUGGCCAGCUCUACGGCUUCCUCAACGAAGCGCUAAUAAAUGUACGGCGUGGCGAGCACCGCUACUUGCAGGCGCUUAACUACGAUAUCCCAUCUGAUGCUGUAGGACCCCUCGUCAGUGUUCAUGCCGACGGUAAGCAGCCCCACCUCGUGGGUGUCUACUCUCACCGCUACGGCAAAACCAGCUUCUUCAAGUCCCUCGAUCACACUAGCUGCAAUUGGGUUCGAAGCCGGGUUCUUGAGAAUCAACGAAUGGGCUGGCGGCAUUCUCUGUCCUCAUCUCCCCUCCCCUUUCAACACCCAUUUUCUAAUAAGCCAAUGAAGAAGACUUAUUAA